GUCGAGCUUUUCCAGUGGAAGAAGCAACAAGUCUUUUGAUCCCCCAUCAUGUCAGGUGUUGUCGCUAUAAAAACAUCAUCCUCCAGCCCCUUCGAGCUCAACUCGAAGAGCCUGAUUGGCGUGGGCGUUGGCGUGGCUGCUGUAUGCGGGGCCAGUUAUUUGCUCUACCGUCACCUGAAACGGGAUGUGAUGCCUGUGAAAUGGCGUCGUGUGGGCACCUUGCAGCCAAUCUACUUAUUUCCGGUGAAAUCGUGUGGCCCCCUUGAACGUACUCCGCAGCUUGCCUAUGACUGUGACACGCUUGGCCUCUCUCUGAAUGGCCUAAGAGAUCGGAAUCUUAUGUUGAUCAACGAGCGUAAUGAAAUGAUAACAGCCAGAGGUUAUCCACAUAUGGUGAAAAUACAGCCAAAGCUACUGGUCGAUGGUACGUUGGUGUUCAAUUUUCCGGACUUGCCCGAAAUAGAAUUGAAUUUGAAAAACUUGGAGCCUUCGGGAAAUGAUGUACACACAGCCGUUUGGGGAGUUCCAGUUGAUGCUAUGCCAUGUGGAGAACGCUUUGACAAAUGGUUCUCUAAGGCUAUAUUGAAAAAGGAUACGGGAGUAAGACUCGUCCAUUAUCCCUAUCCCAAACCCGUGAGACAAACUGUGGAACGUUUGAGGCACAUGCCAUUCUUAAGAAAAGAGGAUUCGGGCACUUUUCAAGACGCUACAAGCUAUAUGAUCAUGAAUCUGGCCUCUGUUGCUGAUCUUAAUACGCGCCUCAAGCGACCCGUCGAAUCACAACAAUUCCGUAGCACUUUCGAACUGAAAAUGGAUGUAGAUGAAGCCUAUGCCGAGGACAAUUGGCAAUGGGUCCGAAUCGGAGAUGAUGCAGUCUUCCGUAUUGUUGCUCCUUGCACACGGUGCAUUUUGCCCAACAUUAAUGUUCAUACCGCUGAGCGGGAUGUCGAUGGCGAACCUCUAAAGACACUAAGAAGUUAUCGUCUUUUCAAUUAUUCUUCACCGGCUUUGGGCGUUCAUUUGGGUCUGCGUGUGCCCGGUAAGGUUAAGGCCAACGACAUUAUCUAUGUUGAGGAGAAGUGAAUUUUCGUAAAUUUUUUAUACAAACAUAUCUUUUUAUACAAAUAUUAUAUCUUUAUUUUUACAUUGAACAGAGAUUAUUGACAAAUAUAAAAUCAAUUUCAUUUCUUU